AUGGGAUCAAAAGAAUAUGUGAACAAUAUUAAGGAUAAUGAGGCAAGUAAUCUGUUACUUAUCCAUCAUGUAAGGGACAAAAAAUAGGUUACAUAGUAGUUAUAAUAAGCCCCCUUUCCUGAUUGCAAGGGUAUAUUCUAUUUUAGAAUUAUUCGUAAUACAAAGGAUGAUGAAUGCAAACUAUGUAAAGGAUAUGGAAAUGUUGAAGGAGUUAUAGAAAUUGAAAUACCGAUUGAUAAGGGAAUUUCUGAUGGUUAUUGUGUCAAAUUAUAUGGGAAAGGCAAUUUAUUUUAUUGGCAUACAAUGUCUUUGAAGGAAGCUUUAGUUGGUGUUAAAGUGAUUAACAUAACUACACACAAAAGAAAGGUUAGUCUUAAAUGGACAAUUUACAUUGAGUUUCCUAAAGAUCUUGAUCAAAAUGCUAUUCAGAAACUUGCUGAGGUAUAUUCAAAUAUCAUUCAUCUUUUACAACAUAAUAAAAUAGCAUAAAAUUAUAAGAAUUUAGAUUAGACGAUUUUGAAAAACACUAAGCCAGAAAAGAAGAAAAUGAUGAUGAAGAACUUAAUCAAAAUGGAAUUGAAUGCUCUAUGUUUUGAAUUUUUGUUUUAUUAUAAAAAAUAUGAAUCAAAAUUAAAGGAAAUUCGUUAGAUGUUACAAUUGUAAUAUGAAACCUGCAACUAUCAAAUGUUUUGA